AUGUGCGCACAUGGCGUCGUCGUCGUCGUCGUCGUCGUCAUGAAAGGAGGGACCUCGUCGACUGCCUCGUUGGCCGCAUCACUGACCGCGUCACAGUGGAAAUCGCGAUUUCAGCGCUCCAGCUGUCGUAAACCACUGUCCCUGCUGUCUGUCGCUGCUGCGAAACCAUGUCCGCGAGCAUGCUACGAUAUUCAACAUUUCCAGCAAGAAGCCCUGAUCCCUAAAAGGCCCUGUGUGUUUCCGAGGGAUGCUGGUUCACCAACCCUGCGCCUCCCAGCUCUGAGCAGGUGGUUCAGUGAAGCUGCGUCGCCUGCAGCUGGCCACCUUUCACUCUGGUCAUACUUGUCGGCUGAAAAUUCCUCCAAUUGGCUCUUUCCGUAUGAGCUGUUCAGACCAUCAGAGAGUCUAGAUACAUUCUCCCAAUUUCUCGACUCGCUGAUGAGUAGCACCGAGGUGACGGACCAGAUCAUGGCUGGUGUUUUACAGUCUGCAGUCCCGAAACGAACAGAGCACGAGUUUUUCCAAGUCCACGCCCCCUUAAGGCUUCUCCGUAAAGCUCUCGAAUUCAAUGCCUCCCGAAAACCGGGCGCCGCGAGUCCCCUCAGCUUGUACAUCGCACAGUCUAGUCUUUCUGACCUUCCUCAACCCAUGCAGGACGAUUUGCCGGUGCCUGAGCUUGUCCAGCGGGCUGGCAGGGGAGACGUAUAUAGCUCGUCGAUAUGGCUGGGUACCCAACCAACCUACACACCGCUACAUAGAGACCCAAACCCCAAUCUUUUCUGCCAACUUUACAGCCAAAAGUCUGUACGGCUCUUGCCCCCCGCCGUUGGCCACCGGGUUUUUCACGAGGUUCAAGCUCGGAUACAGCGGCGCGGCAAUAGUCGCAUCAGAACCACAGACAUGAUGGAGGGAGACGAGAGAAGGGCCCUUCACGAUGCUGUCUGGGAAGCCAGCCCGCCCACCGAUCAAAUGUACCCAGUUAGUUUGGAUGCCGGUGAUGCGCUCUUCAUACCCGAAGGUUGGUGGCAUUCUGUGAAAAGUGGAGAAUCCGACGGUAAACUUAAUUGCUCUGUCAACUGGUGGUUCAGAUGA